AUGGAAGGUGUGGACUCGGAUCCGGGGCACGAUGCAGGAUCUCGUCGAGAGCGGCCAUGGCUAUACGCAUCGAAUCGCAAGCUACGCCAUCUUCAUGGAGUCUCUGUCCGUAACUUGGCAGCUACGCCCCCCACGAGCCGUGCACGCGGCAAGACGAUUGACGAGGACGAUAUUCCCAAUGCCCUAAAGUCGCCCUCGAAAUUGCUAUCGCAGAAAGAGACACGACCACUGCAUCCGUCACGGUCAUUCUCGGAGCUCAAGUCGCGUCCAGCUGAGGACGGCGAUGCAGUCACAAAGACCGAGUCGCGUGCUUCCCGUCGCCGGAGUCUGCUACCUUGGAACGAUCCCAAUCCUCGAACGCGACAAGUAAGCUUAGAAGAGAUCACCAAGAACCGUAUGGCGGAUACAUGGAUUUCAAUUCAUUGCGAUGGCAUCUUUGAACCAAUCUACAUCAGCGAGGUGAUCGAGAAAUCGACCAACCCCAGCUUUCAGUUCUUUGAUCUAAAUCAAUGCGGCCCUGUCGUCUCUCGAAAGGACUCCUUGACUCUGAAGCUCUGGUCAAAGACCGAGAACGCACCCGAAUUCGCCUUGCUUGUAGAGUUGCAGCUGAAUCUACGAUCCCUGCAAUUUCUAGGGAAAACGCUGGAGACCUUCCACCAGCCGCUGCCUGCCAACUCCAUUCUAUUUCACUUCCCAGAUGGCGUGUACACCAAUCUAACAGAUCUUCCGUCGGCAGAGCCACCCCUCGUUGGAGCGGGUCAACGAGUUACGGUUGACGGGACUACUUUACCAACUUCCUCUUACGACGCAUUGAUGCGACUGGCUAACCUGGAUGAAUGUGUACAAGAUGCGCUAGCCACGAGAGAGAAACUAGAGGCGCAGAUUGAAGAUAUUCUCAAGAAAAACGAGGUUGAAUUGGGUACAGAGGCUGGUGCUGCUAAGGCCAAAGAUCGACUUUCCUCAAUUAAACAAGCUGUUUCUGCUGAACGUAAGCAGCUCCGCGCAACAACCAAGCGGAAGGAGGAAUUAAUCGCAAGUAUCAAAGCCAGAAAGCAAGCGAUGGAAAGGGGGCGUCUCGCCGAGGACAAAACUCGCAGCCAUCUUCCAGACGCUCAACAGAAUCUUGUCUCGAGUGAACAAUUGCUACAACAAAAUUCAGUCGAAACCAAAGGCCAGAUCCGACGCAUUGCCGAAGACCUGAUGCUUAUCUACCCCAUCGACCCAAUCCCUGGAAAAUCAUUAGCCUUUACCAUUAAAGUGACCGCGGGAGUGGUCGCAGCUGCGCUGGGAUACACUGCCCAUCUGGUGUAUCUGCUCUCCUUCUAUCUGUCCGUGACCAUUCCCUACCCUAUCAGCCCGAAUCUGUCGACCUCCUUGAUUCAGGACCCGGUGUCCCAGGACCUCCCACAGCGGACAUUUCCCUUGUAUCCGGUGAAUGUCCACUACCGUUUCGAAUAUGGAGUCUUUCUCCUGAACAAAAACAUCGAGUUUCUCCUGAACAAAGCAGGCGUCCGCGGCCUGGAUAUCCGACAUACCCUCCCCAAUCUUAAAUAUCUGCUCUACGUCCUCACCGCCGGCACCCAGGACAUUCCUGCGCGCAAGGCGGGUGGGGUCCGUCGCCCUUCUCGCAGGACGUCUAACUCCAUCUUUGUCCCGCCGGACUAG